GCCACUAUGGCUGGGGCUAUCACUGGAUCUUGGUUUCCGACUGGAUUUCACGGACAUGCUCGCAGUAAAUCAAGAAAUGAUAUAUUUCAAGAAUACAGACUGCAGGCCAAACCUCCCCCUCCCGAGAAACUUCUAAAGCGACUUCGGGAAAGUCCUUUGAAACACAACUUUUCCAAACAUGAUAGUCGGCUGGUGUUUUACGAUGGUGCCACGUAUAUGGAGAAUACCAAGGGCAAAAAUCGAGCAAAAAGUGCUUUUGGAAGAAACAGCGAAUUUAAGAAAGAUUUAAUUUCCUGGAUUCCAACUCAGACUGAGGGUCAACAGCAGUGGCCAUUAAUAUCCACAUAUCAAGCGGAUUUCUGGCAUCAGAGAAACCCACAGUCAACAGCAGUGAUGGUUCCUCAGCUGCUGGUCCCUCGUGUGCGGCAGCUGAUUACGGCCACCUGUCCUGGGUCAGAAAUGAUGCAAACAACAUAUCGUCAGUUCUACAGCCACUGCCAGCCAAAUCCAAAUGUACAUACAAACAUUUACACUGGGGAAGUACAGAGCAUGCCCAUGGAAAAGGAAGCAACAUUUGUCUAUGUGAAUCCAAAACCGAAGCUGGCAAAUGGUAGAUUGAGACCAAGAUCCUCACUAUCAGAGUGCUUCACUGUUGCCGACUGUCUUUCAUGGUAUGUCCCACAAACAAGUGGAACAAAUGACUGA